CUCAGACCAUUGUCUAGUUCUCUAUACAAAAUGGCAUCUUUGUGUUUACCUCUCAGCCUGCUUUUACUGGACACCUCCAUCACCUACAUAUAUGGUCACCUUGUAUAUAAAUAUCCCCUGUUUGAGCUACUGAGUGCAAUAUGGCUACUAUCACUCAUUAAAGUCCCUGUGCUUGCCUCAGUGGUUCUCAGACUUCCAUGUCCAUCCUGGAUACCUUCUCCCAUCCUCUAUGUCCUAACGCUCUCCCUGGCUCCACCCCUGUAUCAGACUCUCCGAUUCCUCCUCGAAUCCCAACCCCCAGAGUUACCCUCAGGGCUCAGCAACUCCCUGUUCUUUCACCUGCCCCUGCUCCUGGCAUGUCUGCUCUGGGAUCUUGCAUUGCCCCUCAUCCUUCCAAAACAGACACCCGGAGAGGAUGAGAAUGGGAGAAAUGACCAGGAAUAUUUCAAGAGGAUACUAAGAUAUUCCAAACCAGAUGCACUCUAUAUGCUCGGUGCAUUUGUGUGCCUCACUUUAGCAUUGAUCGGUGAAAUGUUUAUUCCCUAUUACACGGGGCGUAUUAUUGAUAUUUUAAACACUCAUUACAAAGCGUCUGAAUUUCUGGAUGCCAUAUUCUAUGUGGCGCUUUUCUCAUUGGCAAGUUCUGUAUUUACAGGAGGUCGAGGAGGCUUCUUCAUGUACUGUAUGAGUAGCCUGACGCAGCGUAUUCGGGAACUGCUGUACAGAGCCCUCAUGCGCCAGGACAUUAACUUCUUUGACAUCACUAAGACAGGUGAAAUCACUUCUCGCAUCAAUAACGACGCAGCAUUGGUGAGCCGCUCUAUUGCACUAAACGUCAACGUUUUACUGCGUACGCUGGUGAAAUGCGUAGGGGUUUAUUCCUUCAUGUUCUCAAUAUCAUGGAAGCUCACGAUUCUUACGUUUGUCAGCACUCCGUUGACAGGGAUUGUACAGAAAUACUACAAUAAAUAUCAUCAGGAUCUGGUGCAAAAGGUUCAGGAUUCCAUUGCAAAAUCCAGUGAUCUCGCCAAAGAGAUUAUCGAGUCUGUAAAAACCGUGCGCAGUUUUGCCACCGAGGAGGAGGAGGCAAAGAGAUAUGAAGAUGCCUUGCAGAAAACACACAAGUUGGAGACAAUUAGAGACCUUAUCAGGAUUGUUUAUGGACUAUUGAUCAGGCUUAUUAAUCUCGGCUCUCAAGUUUCUAUGUUAUUUUACGGACAACACUUAAUACAAAGUGGGUAUAUCAGCAGCGGGAAGAUGGUGGCCUUCAUUAUGUAUCAAAUGGAGUCUGGAGACCAUGUACGGACCCUGGUUCAUAUGAUCAGCCAGAUCACCCACUCAGCAAGUGUUGCAAAGAAAGUUUUCCAGUAUCUGGAUCGUGUGCCAGAAGUCUCCACCUCUGGGUCCUUGUGUCCAGAAGGCUUACAUGGUCACUUUGAGUUUAGGAACGUCACCUUCUCAUACCCCUCUCGCCCGGACACCCCUGCUCUUCAGGAUGUUUCCUUCACACUUACCCCUGGCACUGUCACUGCUGUUGUGGGUCCCUCUGGUGGAGGUAAGACCACCUGUGUGUCUCUGCUUGAAAGAUUCUAUGAACCACAGUUUGGCGACAUUUUGCUAGAUGGAAGACCCCUGAGAGAGUAUGAACACCAUUACUUGCACCAAAAGGUGGCGCUGGUGGCACAAGAACCUGUCCUUUUUACUGGGUCAGUGAGAGACAACAUCCGUUACGGACUUCAGAACCUAUCAGAGAGCCAUCUGAAAGUAGCAGCAAGACAGGCACAGGCAGAUGUCUUCAUACAGGGAUUGGAGAGCGGAUAUAACACAGAUGUGGGGGAGAGUGGAUCUCAGCUUGGUGCAGGACAAAAGCAGCGAAUAGCCCUGGCUCGGGCUCUCGCCCGUAAACCAAAACUACUUAUUUUGGAUGAGGCCUCUAGCUGUCUGGAUGCGGAAACUGAACAUCAGAUUCAGCAAUCACUUCAGAACAUUCAGGGUCUUUCUCUGUUGGUUGUCGCUCAUCGGCUCCGCACUAUACAGAAGGCUGACCAGAUUCUAGUCCUAGAGGGCGGAGAUCUAGUGGAGCGAGGAACCCAUGAGGAGCUCAUACAGAAGCAAGGUGUCUAUAACAGGCUGUUAAAUGGACAUGUCUUUCAGAAUGGGGCCUGAGUUUUGAGCUUUUGGCCAGCUUAGAAGUUGCAUGAUAGAGGCAAGGGAAUUAUCAGUAUAGACAAAGUGAGAAAUAUUAGAUGACAAAAGGAAAUAUAAGAGAGAAAAUGGCAGCACACUUAAUAAUUUUGCACUAUAGUUUGGUCUUAUUAAAUAUAUUUUUUAUCAUUUAUUAAUUUUCCAUUCUUAAAUGCCUGUCCAAUUAUUAAAAGGUCAAUAAAGUUAUGUAUAUCAAUUGUGUUUUGUAAACACACUUUGAAGUGUUUUUCAAAUCAAGAACAGUCCUGGGAUUUAGUUUCUCUAACUCCACUAGAGUACUGUUUACUGGUCUUUUGUGUUGUGUCCAAAAAAGGAUACUGUACAUAUAUUUUAAUUAUUUUUUUAACAUGAGAAAAAUGAAAAUUAUUUUUUUUUCAAAUUUAAAUUAAUACAAAUAUGAAUUAGUAAUCAACAACAAUAUACAUAUGACUUGUGCAACUUCCAAUUAAAUCUUGGAUGAUAAGAUCUGAUUGGCCAAUAGGUACUUCCUGUUAUUGCUAAUUGAAAAGUUGUAAAGUCACACUAUAAGACAGUGUGACACACUGUUUGAGGUCUGUUCUCCAGACCACUGCUCCUUAACUUGUCUGCCAACUAAAAUGUGGCGGAGUGAAAUCAUCCUGAUCCGAUUGGCCACCAGCAAUGCAGGGGGCGGUAUUGCACAAGCAAAAAUUGAGCCCUAUGGAUGUAUAAAAUCAACAAUAACUAUACUUUCAACAUAUUUGAGCCCUGCUUCUUUAAACAAAAUUAAUUAAUUUUGUUGAAUGCAUAAUAGAUUAGAUUUGCAUAAUAAAUUUUAUAUUUUUUUUUAUAAUUUAUGACACCUCAGUUUUAGUAUGUUUCAAUAUUUACAAUUUACAUUUUUUUAUUAGUUGUUUAACAUAGUAAAAUUUAACACAGCAUAUAUUUUUUUGUUUUAAGAUAAAGGUUUAUUUGCCAAGAUUUCAAAUGUCCCUUAAUCAUCUUAUUUUAAUUUUGAAAUAUAGAGUAAGAGGCUGCAAAAAUAUAAUAAAUAAAAAUAAUCCACUAAUACUCAAACAUAUACAAAUUGGAAUUAUCUUCUAUAUUAUAGUAGAUUAAUUUAUGUUACAUCAUAAGAUAUGUAAAUGUUGAACAUUGGUUCUUUUAAUAAACAACAUAAAUCUUUUUGUGUCAUAAGAACUACAUAAAGCAUAUAAUUGUGAAAGUGCCAUAAAACAUGUUAAGAUCUGUGUAUAUCCUAAAAAAAAGCUAAUUAAGUAAAAAUAGUUAGCAUAAAAAAAAGUUUUAAAAAUUGUUGGCAAGUAUUUUAAAAUAAUUUUCAAAAAUACGCAAAAUUACUUACAAAGCCAUGCUGUCUGGAGUAGUCUGAUCCACCCGAUUAUCUGUGUUUAGCUUCAGAAACACAGGCAUUGUAUUUCAACUGUCUGCCGCCUCAGAGGUGGCGGACGAGUUAAGGAGUAGAGGGAUCGCGCGGAAACAGAUACAUUCGGGGCUUGUUAAAUCGGCCCCAUAGAACAAAAUGUGUGUGGGGAGUUAGAGCUUUACAAUUUAGAAACUUAAAAGAAAGGGUUAAUGGCGAGACACUGCAGUAUAAAUUUGCAGCUAAAGUAAUUAAAGUACAUAUUAUUAUAUUUUGUCUCUCUCCCAACUUGUUGUAUGUCCCUUUAACUGUUUCUCUUCUUAAUGUAUUCCUGUCUAGCAAUAUUAAACAGAUGUUCUAGUUUAAAGGGACACUGAACCCAAUUUUUUUCUUUUGUGAUUCA